CAGAGAUUGGUUGGUCUCCUCUUUACAAUGUCCGCAAGACUUUUGUUGGUGCUAGUUUGCGUGGCCGAGUUGUCGUCGCUAAUAAUGGCAGGUGGUGGCGGCGGUGGCCACAAGAAAGUGGUGAUCCACGUCCCGGUGUUCGUUAAGCACCACCACCAUAAACACACCAUCGUAAAGCACGUACACCAUAAGAGCGGUGGCGGUGGUGGUGACGACCAUUACGAGGUCCUUGGCUACACGUAUGGUGAGCCGAAACCAGCGCCGCAUUUUGGUGGAGGUCACGGCUGGGGUGCAGCGGAAGAAAGCUACGGCCACGAUUCACCAGUAAGCUUCGAAGGUGGCGACCACGGCAGUUACUCGCUUGGUGGCGACGAACAUGGCUAUUGA